AUGUUCGCCGCGGCGAGAGAGAGGGUCACUGCACCUAAAUUUCCGGUUCCGGUUCACCUCUGGCUCCAUGGCGACCGCUAGAGGACCGGCGUAUCUGCUGACAUUAGGCAGAUGGCGCCGCGGCCUCGGAAUAGCUACCCAGUCCCGAGCGCUCGCUGCCCUCGUGCCCGGCGUAUCCCAGGUGGAUAACAAGUCUGAUUUCCUGGGGAAGAGGUCCCAUCGCCGACACCCCGGCAUCCUGCAGCUGUCGCACGUGCGGCUGCCUCAAGUAUUGGUUGACGCCGCGCAGUUACUGCUGCUGGAGAGCUCGAUGCCCAAUAUGGAGAAGCAGGUGCAAGCACUGACCAAUUAUCUCUGGAGUCGGCAUUUACCUGUAGAGCCAGAGGAGUUGCAAAGACGGGCUGUCCAUCUUGAGAAAAAAUUCCUGGAAAACGCAGACUCAUGUCAGAUGGAAAAACUUUGUGGAGAAGUGCUGCAUGCUCUGCGUAGAACUACCUAUCAUUGGCAAGAGUUGAGCUACAGUGAGGGACUGAGCCUGGUGUAUAUGGCAGCAAGACUGGAUGGUGGCUUUGCAGCAGUCUCCAGGGCAUUCCAUGAGAUCCAAGCUCGACUUCCAGAGUUCCAGCCGCAAACCUUGAUGGACUUUGGCUCAGGUACUGGCUCUGUCACCUGGGCUGCUCAUAGUACUUGGGGCCAGAGCCUACGGGAAUAUAUGUGCGUGGACAGCUCAGCAGCCAUGUUGGAAUUGGCAGAAAAGCUACUGAAAGGUGGUUCAGGAUCUGGGAUGCCUUAUGUGCCAGGUGUCUUUUUCAGACAGUUCCUACCUGUAUCACCCAAGGUACAAUUUGAUGUGGUGGUAUCAGCCUUUUCUCUCAGUGAACUGCCCAGCAAGGCCAACCGCACUGACGUAGUCCAAACCUUGUGGCGCAAGACAGGUCAUUUUCUGAUAUUGGUGGAGAAUGGAACAAAAGCUGGGCACUCCCUUCUCAUGGACGCCAGGGACCUGGUCCUUAACGGAAAAGAGAAGUCACCUUUGGACCCUCGACCUGGUUUUGUCUUUGCCCCGUGUCCCCAUGAACUUCCCUGUCCCCAGUUGACAGCCUCUAAGCCCCUGGCCUGUAGCUUUUCCCAGGCCUACCAUCCCAUCCCCUUCAGCUGGAACAAGAAGCCAAAGGAGGAAAAGUUCUCGAUGGUAAUCCUUGCUCGAGGGUCUCCGGAGGAGGCUAAUCGCUGGCCCCGAAUCACUCAGCCUGUUCUUAAACGGCCACGCCAUGUGCAUUGUCACCUGUGCUGUCCAGAUGGGCAUAUGCAGCAUGCUGUGAUCACAGCCCGCAGACAUGGCAGGGAUUUGUAUCGCUGUGCCCGUGUCAGCUCCUGGGGAGAUCGUUUACCUGUGAUCACGCCAUCUGAGCUUCCUCCAUCACCUGCUCAAGAUCCCCCUGAGAGUUGACAAGGAUGUGUAACGUGUUUUCUUCUAUCAUGACUGCCAAGGCUGAAGCUACCUGGUAUCCAGGAUGGGAGUGCUGGUACUUUUACAGCAAAAAACUAGUUAACAUAGCCUCCAUUAUAGUAGGCCUUAUUCUUUUAGCUCACUCGGCCAUCCUUUCACAGAUGCUUUUCUUUCUUGUUUAAUUGCACUUUGCAAAUGAUGGCCUUCUAGCUAGAAUUGUACUAUGCACCUGGUGUUUACUCCUCCAAGGAAACACUCCCUAACACUCCCUUCCCUUGUGAGCAUUGUUCAUUCCAGAAAGAAGGUCACCGUGCGAUAAUCUCAAGGACCACCAGAACCAGUCUGGAGAGGAGAGCACCUAACACGAGCUUUGAAAUUUUCCAGAAGUGAAGAAUGCAAGCUUGCAUCUACCCUGAUCCUUAUCUGUGGCCCUAUUUUCCACUUCCAAACUAUAAGACCCCUUGCUGUUCUCUCUUAAGGGAGGGCACGGUCUUUAGGGCAUUAGCCUGAUGUGGCCUCCUUUGCCUGGCAAAGCAAUAAAAGCUACUCUUUUAUACUUCACCGAAAACUCUGUCUCUGUGUCUCUGUUCAGCACUGGUGAACAGAGGCUGAGUGUCAGCAACAGUACCCCUAUAUAGCUGUGUUUGCUUAGGUUUUAAUAAUAAUUAAAAGUUUUCAAAGAAUGGAA